CGGAGGGGUGACUCCGUGUCGCGUCGCGCUCCGCGUCGCCGAAGCCGUCCCGGUCUGGACGUCCGCGCACCGCGCCUCAGCGUGUCACUACUGUCACGUCGCCGCCAAGACCGCUGUCAUCGUGGUGACAGGCGUCACCAUGCCCGAGGCCCGCGAUGACGUCCCGGCCGUCCCGGUGUGGGGGCGGCGGCAUGCCCCCGGCCAGCGUGCGCCCGGCAAGCCUAGCCAGCCCGGCCUGUGACGGACGACACAAAGUGCACCGAGAGCCUGGAGUGCCCGGCCAUGGCCAACAACAGCAACAUCGUGGUGGAGUGGCUGCGGUCGCUGCACCUGGGCCAGUACGCCGAGUCGUUCCUAGACAACGGCUACGAUGACCUGGAGAUCUGCAAGCAGGUCGGGGACCCCGACCUGGACGCCAUCGGCGUGUUCAACCCCUCGCACCGCAGCCGCCUGCUGGGCUCGGUGCGGGCCCUGCGCGAGGAGGGGGCGGCCUCGGUGUACUUCACCCUGGAGGAGGCCAUGGGCGCCAUGGGGGGCCUGGUGCUGCACGACGAGGCGGAGACGGCCAGCGGGGCGAGCGCCGUGUCCUCCAGGAACUCGUCGGCGACGGGGCGGCCGGCCUCCGAGUCCGACAAGGAGGGCUCCAGCAGGUCCCAGCCCCAGCACCCCGAGCACGGCAGCACGCACGGCAGCACGCACGCCGUCGGGGGCCAUGGCCAUGCCGGGCACGCGGGCCAUGUAGGCCCUCAGGGACACAGCCCUGCGCCCUCCAGCGCCGGCAGUGCCCACGAGCUGGGCAAGUACUUGGACGAGUACGAAGAGGGCAAGGCAGAGCUUGUCCGAAUCCCCAGAUCCUUGCUGCGGAAACUACUGCGAGAGAAGCUGCUCCAGGAUGGCAUCCGUCUCAGCCACCAGCCCUACUCCACUUCGGACGGCGAGCGCGGCUACCUGGAGGGGCUGGCGUCGCGCUACGCCGACAUGUACCGCACGCACUACGCCGACGUGCUGGAGCACCUGGAGCUGCUGCGCCGCCGCGAGUGGGCCGACAUGUCGCCGCGCAUCCGCGUCCUGGGCCACGAGGAGUCCCCCACCACGCCGCACGCGCCGCACACGCCGGGCCGGGACGGCCGGGACGGCGGCCUCCACCAGCCCAUCUACGUGCCGGGGAAGUACUCGCCGUCUUCGUGUCUCAGCGACCGCGAGGAGGACGAGAUCUACGGGCUGGCCGGGCAGGGCCCGCCCCGGCCGCCCGUCAACCCCGGAUACCAAACGUGCCUCAGCCCGCGAUCGGCGUACUUCUACGAGCUGCCGCCCAACGAGGCGGCGGGGCGCGGCAAGAAGAAGACGGCGCUGUCCAGGCUGCUGCGGGGCUUCAAGACCAAGACGCGGGAG